AUGAAACCAGGAAACCUCUCAGAUGCCAUAGAAUUCCUCCCGGGACUGUCAGAGGACCCAGAUCUGCAGCCCGUCCUAUUCUGCCUGUUCCUGUCCAUGUUCCUGGUCUCUGUGCUGGGGAACCUGCUCAUCAUCCUGGCCGUUAUGUAUGACCCCCACCUCCACACCCCCAUGUACUUCUUCCUCUCCAAUCUGUCUUGUGUUGACAUCUGUCUCACCACCACAACGAUCCCAAAGAUGCUGGUGAACGUCCGGACACAGAGCAAAUCCAUCAGUUACACAGCCUGCCUCACACAAAUCUGCUUUGUCCUGACUUUCGCUGGAUUGGAAAAUGGAAUUCUGGUCAUGAUGGCCUUUGAUCGAUUUGUGGCCAUCUGUCACCCACUGAGGUACAAUAUCAUCAUGAACCCGAAACUCUGUAGGCUGCUGGUUCUGCUGUCCUUUCUUAUUAGUGCUCUGGAUGCCCUUCUCCACACUUUGAUGGCACUGCGGCUUUCCUUCUGCACAGACCUGGAAAUCCCCCACUUUUUCUGUGAAUUAGCUCAUAUUCUCAAGCUUGCCUGUUCCAAUAUCCUCAUCAAUAGCAUCCUUGUGUAUUUAGUGACCAGUCUGUUCGGUGUUAUUCCUCUCUCUGGGAUAAUUAUCUCUUACACUCGAAUUGUCUCCUCUGUCCUGAAAAUCCCAUCAGCUGGUGGAAAGUAUAAGGCAUGUUCCAUCUGUGGGUCACACUUAAUAGUUGUUUCCUUGUUCUAUGGGACAGGUUUUGGGGUGUACCUUAGUUCUUCAGCUACACAGUCCUCCAGGAAGAGUGCAGUAGUAUCAGUGAUGUACACUGUGGUCACCCCCAUGAUGAACCCCUUUAUCUAUAGUCUGAGGAACAAAGAUAUGAGGGGGGCUUUGAGGAAAUUUAUCUCUAGAAUGUCAUCUUUCCAUUAA